AUGAACUGGAAUCCUGUGGGCCUCCACAUCAGCAGCACCAUCGACAUCCUGGUGAUGGUUUCGUACGUCCUGCUGGUCCUGGGCAUCGGGCUGUGGACUAUAUUGUCAAGAAGUCGUGGGACUGUAGAAGAGUUCUACCUGGCCGGCCGAAAUCUAGCAUGGUGGCAGAUAGGUGCUUCUCUUUUUGCUUCAAAUAUUGGCACUGGCCACUUUCUGGGCCUGGCUGGAACAGCAGUGACUUCAGGGAUUGCUAUUGGGGCCUUUGAGUGGAAUGCUCCAUUUCUGCUCUGUGUUGUUGGUUGGAUAUUUUCUCCUAUUUACAUUAAGGCUGGGGUGGUGACAUUGCCAGAAUAUUUGAAGAAGAGGUUUGGUAGCUACCGGAUUCAGUUACUUCUCACUCUUCUGUACUUAUUCCUCUAUGUCUUCAAUGAUAUCUCACUGGAGAUCUGCGCUGGUGCCAUGUUCAUGAGAAUGGUUUUAGGGUUGGAUGUUUACCUGGCCACCAUCGUCUUGCUGACAAUCACUGGCAUUUAUACCAUCACAGGUGGUUUUGCAGCUGUGGUUUAUACCAAUACCUUACAUGCUGGCAUUAUGGUUCUAGGAUCAGUCCUGCUAACGGGCUUUGCCUUUAAGGAAGUGGGAGGAUACCGGCAGCUACUGAAUAAUUACUUAAACGCUAAACCAAGCAUAAUCCGUGAAGGAAACUGGACUGCCAAACCAGAAUGCUACCUCCCUCGCCUGGAUUCUUUCCAUAUCUUCCGAGAUCCCAUCACUGGAGAUCUCCCUUGGCCUGGAAUCGUCUUUGGUGUCUCCAUCAUCUCUUUGUACUACUGGUGCUCCAAUCAGAUCUUUGUCCAGAGGUGCCUGGCAGGGAAGAACCUGUCUCACGUGAAAGGCGGAUGUGUCCUGUGUGGGUACCUGAAGCUGCUGCCCAUGUUCGUCAUAGUGAUGCCCGGGAUGAUCAGCCGCAUCCUGUACCCGGAAAAAGUGGCAUGUGUUGUACCUUCUGAAUGUGAAAAGCACUGUGGCGUCAGAGCUGGUUGCAGCUCCAUGGCCUACCCAGUGCUGGUGAAAGAGCUGCUGCCCAGGGGUGUUCGAGGUUUGAUGCUGGCUGCACUACUGGCCUCUCUCAUGUCCUCCCUGACUUCUAUUUUCAACAGUGCCAGCGCCCUGUUCACAAUGGACAUCUAUACCCAGAUGCGGCCUACGGCCACUGAAAAGGAACUCAUGGUGACAGGAAGGUUUUUUGUUAUAAUCUUAAUUGCUGUCACCAUCUUCUGGGUCCCUAUUAUUGAAACGACACACAGUGAACAACUGUUUGUAAAUAUGCAGGCAGUUUUGAGUUCCCUGGUGCCACCCAUUGCUGCCAUCUUCCUGCUUGCCAUGUUUUGCAGGAGAGUCACUGAACAGGGUGCCUUCUGGGGGCUGACUGGUGGACUUCUGAUUGGCUCCCUUCGAGUGGUAUCCAUGAUUGCCUAUGGACCCCAGAGCUGCUCCGCAAACAAGUGUCCUCCGAUCAUCUGCAACGUACACUUCCUCUAUUUUGCCAUAUUCCUCUUCGUAGCCAGUCUUCUCGCCAUGCUGGGGAUCUCCGUCUACACAGACCCGAUUCCGGAUAAGCACCUCCUCGGGCUCUGUUGGAGUUUACGAAAAGAGGAAAGGGUAGAUUUGGACGCAGAUGAAAAGAGUCUUCAGGGCCAUAGGAGAGGCCUCAGGGUGCAGCUGGCGUGGAGGCUGCCCAGCGGGGGUCCCCUGCGACACGUCGCCACUCAGUUCAGGAUCCCCUCCCCCCCGCCCCGGCUGAAGGCUCUGCUGGUAGAAGAUGAAUUCAGGGAGUCCCAGAGCUGCCUCUGGGAGGUCUGCAGCAUGUUCUGCGGCCUGGAGCCAAGGCCAGGCCCCAAACUGGCCCCGGAAAAAGCAAAUAUGGAGGAAAUGGAGCCUGGUGCCACACCGGAAGGGACAGAGCACAGUGACAAGGCAGAGUCGCCAUGCUGGAGAAACAUUGCCAACAUCUGCGGGUUCCUGUUGAUACUGACUACGGUCCUGUGCCAUGUCUUCUACCACUGA